AUGCUCAAGAUCUCAUUAAGCCGGUAUCCUAUUGUCUUCAUUAUUCUAUUGAUUAUUUUUGGGCCAGUUACUGUAUUUACUACACAAGCUAGUUUUAAUUUGGAAAAGUCAGUUUCAUCAUCAUCUUGCGAUCGUCAUUGCUUUAAUGGAGUUUGCUUGAAUGGAACAUGCGUAUGCGCUAAAGGAUGGACAGGGGCACAAUGUGAUCAUUGUUUUGGACGCUUGCUUAUGAAUCAGAAGCAAAGUCAAAUAAGUGAUGGUCCUCUUUCAUAUAGUUCAUCAACUAAAUGUACAUGGAUAAUAAAAAAUGAUCAGAAUUUCACUGGUCCGUUAAAUAUACGAUUAGAUAGCUUUCAAAGUGAAUGUGGUUGGGAUUAUUUAUAUAUUUAUGAUGGUGAUGGAGUUGAUGGUCAACAGUUAGCCGCUUUCAGUGGAGAUUACCAUUAUCAAGAAAUAUCAGCCCCUUCGGGUCAAGCUCUUAUUUAUUUUACAAGUGAUCUUGCUAUUAAUUUGGACGGGUUUAACAUAUCAUAUGAAUUUAACAGGUGUUUAUAUAAUUGUUCAUCUCAUGGAAAUUGUGAAAAUGGUAUAUGUUUAUGUGAUGAUGGAUAUACUGGUGAAUACUGUCAAACAGUAGGAUGUACUUUGGAAUUGGAGCAAUUCAAUGGUCCAUGUCUUAAUAAUGGUAAAUGUGAAGAAGGGAAAUGUAGUUGUCCUCCAACACACCAUGGGAAGUAUUGUGAAGCUGAAAAAACAACUCAUGUUUGGGAAGAAUUAGAAAUCAAAGCGUCUAAUCCUGGAAGAGCUUCGCACGCAUCUGUCUUAGUAGAUGAUGUUGUUUGGACAAUAGGAGGAACAUCUUUUAAUGGAGUUACUAUUGAACAAGUCGUCACGUUCAACUUAACAUCAGAAGUGCUUACAACGAUAGCUAUAGAAGGAUCUGAUAAACCAAGGCUACGACGAGAUCAUUCUGUUGUUCGCUACAAGAAUAAGAUGUACAUGUUCGGGGGCUUUUUCGAUUCUCAUGAAACAACUGGAGAGCUAUGGGUCUUCGAUAUGCAUACGCGCGUAUGGCAAUUGGAAAAUUCAGCUGAUGGAAAUAUAACAGUAUCUAUUCAACAACAUUAUCAUUAUACUACGACUAUGCAUAUAUAG